ACAACACGAUUUUCAGACAAUAAAAAUUUCCAAGUCUUUGCACCCAAAAAGGACAAGGAAAAAAAAGAAAAAAAGAUCAAGUCUUCACCUUAAUUUUAAAAGACUAGAGAAUCCAACCACAGCCCAUUUAUCAUCUCCAUGGUUUGACCGGCAAAGUCUGAUUCUUAGGUUCAAUAAAAAGAAAAUUGUGCAGAAAUCAGGAGAGGCGGUAAUGGCAUGGAACGUGUUCAAGUUUUGCACAGCACUGCGAGCUCUUGGUUCUAUCAUGAUAGUAUUGGUCCUUGGCAUAAUUGGGGUUACAUAUUAUGUUAUUGUUGUAGCUAAUUAUGGUCCCGCUCUUUUUCAUGGUGGCCUUGAUUCUUUUGUCGCUCUCCUUGUCUUGGUUUUGUUCCAUUCUAUGCUGGUGAUGCUAUUGUGGAGCUACUUUACUACUGUUCUGACUGAUCCUGGUGGUGUCCCACCAAAUUGGAGGCCAUCAAUAGAUGAGGAGAGUGGCGAUGCAGAUCCAUUGGUCGGAUUAGCACAUGAAGGUACGGGUUUAGAUUUAAAUCAGUCAGCUAUGCUUGGUGAGCCAGCUAAUCCAAGAACACGAGCCUGUCGAAAAUGCAAUUGGUUUAAACCUCCUCGCUGCCAUCACUGUUCUGUUUGCGGGAGGUGUAUAUUGAAAAUGGACCAUCAUUGUGUAUGGGUCGUGAAUUGUGUCGGGGCAUUGAAUUACAAGUAUUUCCUUCUUUUCUUGUUUUACACAUUUCUUGUGACAACUCUUGUCACUUUAUCAUUGUUGCCGCAGUUUUUAGCAUUUUUUUCUGUUGGUGAAGAAAAUGGAACACCAGAGACCCUUGUAGCCACUUUUGUCACAUUUGUCUUGAACUUAUCAUUUGCAUUGAGUAUUAUGGGCUUCCUGAUUAUGCACAUAUCAUUGGUAUUAGGCAAUACCACCACCAUUGAGGCAUUUGAGAAGAAAUCCAAUCCUAAAUGGCAUUAUGACCUUGGUCGAAGGAAAAACUUUGAACAGGUGUUUGGGACGGAUAAGAGAUACUGGUUCAUCCCUGCUUAUUCAGAAGAGGAUUUGGAAUGCAUGCCAGUGCUUCAAGGUUUUGAAUAUCCAACAAGACCAGACUUGGAUGAGCUCCAGCAGUUCUAACGGCAUUUAUCAGGUUGAAUGACAUUAAACCGUCUUAUAGGGCUUUUUGACAAUCUGGAAAAGGAGGCUCACUCGAGCGGAUCCGAACGAGGAACAUGGAAGUAUAUUUGUGUAGAGAUGCGUCCAUUUUGAAAAACAAAUAUGCUGUUCUUGGAACGUCGUAGUGCGCGCAGUUGGGGAAAAACAAAUUCUAGCAAUACCACCUUUCAACUAUUAUCCUUCAUGAAGGCAUUCUAAAAGUUGUACAUGUGUUUUGAGCUCACUAUCCCGUGAAUGUGUAGUUCUCACCACAGAGAAAAGUGGCUACAUGCAUGGAACAUUGGUCAAUCAAUCUUUACUCAAACUGCAAAA